AUGGUACUACUACCCGAGAUCCGUCAAUGUGGAUUGGUUGAAUGGACAGGUUGGAACACUACAUCUCAAAGCGCUCUUGUGCUAUUUUCCUACUACCUAUUUCAGCUAGCUUGGGGUGCUCAUUGGGCAGUACCAGCUGCGUCUGUUGGUGGAACCGACGGCUUCAGUGCCGUUCAUUUUCCUACUGUGGGAACCUUCCUCAACAUUCCAGACGACUACGAUUGA